AUCCGCGCCACGCUGCAGCGCAACACUCGUGUGCAGCGGGAGGCGGACGAUGAUUAUUUCAAGCAACAGAUGAGUAUCGAAUCCCAUUAUGCUCUCGCUGUUCAAGCUCUUUGCACGAAGCUCUCUCGUCGAGAAUACUCAUCACAAUCUUCUUGAUUAAUCCAAUCCACGUACAUAACAAUAGAGGACAAUAGAUCUUGACCUGACACAGUCUUCACAUAUUGUUGCCAUUUUACUUGUGCUUCAUAUUAUCGACUGAACUGCUGUUCAUCCGUUUACUUUCUAUCUCAACGCAUUCAAAAUCAGCACAGACCAUGGAGGGCUCGUCAUCUCCAGCGGUUUCAAAACUACCAACCAGGCGACGUCCAGAAGAUACAGGCAAUUCCAGCGUGGCCUAUCUGGCUUCUGAGCCAGAAAUUAACCUUCCUGAAGAUACAGACAAUUCCAGCGUGGCCUAUCUGGCAUCUGAGCCAGAAAUUAACCACAAAAAAGCCGGCCAUGAACGCAUAAACAGAAAGAGGCAUGUAUUGUCUCAUGUGACUCUUCAUCCACCAAAGAAACAAUUUAUAAGGUGGACGCAGGAGGAGGAUGAAACUUUAAGCGCGGAAGUCGCCCGGCAUGGUGGGCGAAACUGGAGGCAAAUUGCUACAGCUUUACCAAACCGGUCAGAGGUUCAGUGCCUUCAUCGUUGGACGAAAGUAAUCCAUCCAGGUCUUGUGAAAGGAUACUGGACCAAAGAAGAAGAUGAUCGCAUGAUUGAAUUGGUAGCGAUACUCGGGAAUAAGCGAUGGGCUGCCGUCGCUCGCUCAUUACCGGGCAGAAAUGGAAAACAAUGUCGCGAACGAUGGUGCAAUCACCUAGAUCCCCAGCUAAAAAAAACGCCUUGGACUGGGGCCGAAGAUUUGAUGCUCUUCUUGGCUCACCAGAGAGUUGGAAAUAGGUGGGCUCAAAUAGCUAAGCUUCUUCCUGGAAGGUCGGAUAAUGGAGUAAAGAACAGGUGGAAUACGGCAGUGAGGAAGAAGGAACAACAAUUGGAAGAAUUCUGUGCGGAAUGGGACAGACAGAACGAAUCUGGGGAACAUCAGUUACUGACUAGAGGCACAGUAAUCGGGGACCUCGAGGCAUCUGCAAGCUUUUUUCCACCAGAGGCCAUUUUUCAAGUUGAGGACUCCAAAGCGGCCCAGGACGAUGAAAGCCUGAUUUACUUGAAUCUAGAGGAUUUCUAAGGUUUGAAGUUCAUCACGGUAUCAAUAAGUAGCAAGUCCUGCACUUACAGUUCAUGAUUAGUUCUUAUCUUGAUCAGAAACUUGAGUUCUGACGAUAAUUUAAGGUUUUAUCAUAGCUUUUAAGAGCUAUUUGAGACUAUGUGGAUGGUUAUUCUUUCGUUCGAAUAUAUUUUUUGUAAC